CUUUAUCUCAAUCACCCGGCGCAACAACCGGUUACUCCAUGUGCUUUCCCUCCCUCCACUUUACAUUUAUAUUUAUAAAUAGCAAUCUCUUGUUGAGUUGUAUGCUUCAUUGCUACAAUGGGAAACUGCUUCACAAACAACAAAAUAUUAGCACAAGAUGAUCAUGAAAGCAACAACAAUCAAGCAAAAGUUGAGAAGAUGAAAACAUCUUCAUCGUCGAAGUUUGAACCGCAGCCGAGGAAAGAAAAAUGCAUGAAGAAGAAUAAGAAAGUAAGGUUUGAGAUACAAAAUGAUGAUGAAGUUGAUAGAAGAAAUGAUGGUAAUGAUUCUAGAAAUGUGAGGAGGAUUAGAGUGGUGAUGAGUCAAGAAGAGUUGAAAAAGAUGUUGAGUUGCAAAGAUGAAUAUGAGAACACUACAUUGGAGCAAUUGCUUGGUGUUAUGAGGUUAAGAGGAGGGCAAAUUUGUAAACAUGAUUUGGGUGUAGAUUCUUGGAAGCCUGUUUUAGAAAGUAUUCCAGAAGAUCAAUUAAUUAAGUAGUGAUAUCUUAUUGGUAAUGAUCAUUACAAGCUCACACACAGAAAAGUGAAUACUAGAAUUCGAAUUGUUAUGAUAAUUUUCAAUUUAUUAAUAUUGAUUUUUAUC